AACAAGCACUGGUUCGUGCUUUUAUUCGUUCUUCCGCCGCAACAGGCACGAUUCAACUGAAAGAAUGUGUCCAAGGCUUGCCGUCACUCCCUCGUUUUUACCUUCCAUCACUACAGGGUGCUACGACGGCGCGAUAAUACUCAAACCCCCAAACAGCACGACAAAACGGAGGUCGCAGGAGAAGGUCAGAAAACAGAUGGCUCUCAGCUGCGUGCGCCUACGUAUCAGUAUCAACAUGUUAAUAUUACAAAAAUUCAAAGUCGGACUUCCAAAGUUCAACGCAGAACAACCAACUGGGUUUCUACUCACCAGCAUUGCACCUGAAUGCGUUCACUACUAUAACGUUGCUACAGGCAGCCUUGACAUCCGCCCUAUCCGAAAGGUUUAUGGCGUACCGGGUAUCUACCAGGAUCUCCGCAACCCCGACAAUAUCAACGAGUUGGAGAAAAAACUAGCGGAUCUCGAAAGUCAGGCGGCCUUCAUCACGAACUUGCAUAAAGCACUUCCUAAGGGUACUCUCGCUCUGAAGCGCGGCUCUCUAGAGCUCCUGCAGAAGUUCCUGUUUCUCAUGCAUUAUCGCCAUGAAUCGCGCGCAGUCCAAUCCUUUCAAGUGGAUCGCCCAGAAAAUGCAAAGGCCCGUCAAUGGAUUGAGUGCUUCAUGCAAAUGAAUGUCAUUCAAUCCGCUGUCGAGAUGUGGCUAUACUUCCUUAGAUACUACCUAGACACAUCUCAUUCAGACAUCAUGCGAGGUGCUGCGAAUCUCGUAAAGAAGUGCGGUGAAUGUUUUCUUGAAGACAUGCAUCACCUAGUUAUCACUUAUCAAACUUACGUGGACGACUACUUCCUCAGUAUUUGGGAAGCUGCGGAAGGGGAAGAAUUUAUCCUCAGCAAUGCACUUGGCUGUCAGAAGGUUCGGCAGAUAAUUGCCCUGAUCUGCACCGCAUAUUCGUGCUCAGCCCUCGCAUUGCUAUCUCCCUGUACAAUGUGCUGGUGUAUUCAAAAAUACAAGGAUACAAAAGGCCGGGUUCACUCAAGAGCUGUUUGCUCAAUGCGAAUCUAGCCCCACAAACUUGGAGUUACGCCACUGAAGAAGGCAUACACAGCGACCACGGAAAUUUCAAGUUCAUUGCAUGACACUACAUGUUCUCC